AUAAAAGGAAAACCGAGCUGCGAAGCAAAAAAGUCGCUUGUUGGCCAACGUUACGUGCAUAGUUCAAUUGAAGGUGAAAUCUCAGACAGAGAGAGAGAGAGAGAGAGAGAGAAGAGAGACACUUAUUUGUUGUUGUUGUGUGUGUGUGUGUGUGGAGGGCCUCCAAUAUGUCCAGCAGCCAUUCCGGCACAAUUGGCCGUAAGCGCGUCGGCAGCGGCAGUGCGGUUGGCAGCGAGUUUUACUACGGGAAUGCGGCGAGUGGGUCAGCAGCGAGCGGUGCCGGCUCAGCGCAUAACGGUGAACAUCAGCUGAGACGUCAACGGUCCGCCGAGUGGCACAGCCAUCGGCAUGGUCACGGACACGGACAUGGACACGGUCUGGGCCUGGGCCUGGGCAUGGGCAUGGGGAUGGGGAUGGGCUAUGGCAGCAGCAGCGAGGAUGAAUAUCAAAACACCGCCCAGGCAACCGCCUUCGAUACACAGCUGCUGGCCCAGCUGCUGUUGCAGAGUCAGCAAUUGGCAAGUAUGGAGCAUUAUAACUCAGAUUGCGAACCGGAAUAUUUGCGGCAGAGAAGCGCUCGUCGCAGCGCCGACGCCGGCCAAAUGAUGGAGGUGACUUACGCACAGCCGCAUUCCAGAACCGCAGCAGCAGCAGCAGCAGCAGCAGCUGAGACGUCACAGUCGUCAAUAAAAUUGCCAACGGUAUCAGCGAGCACCGUUAAAUAUCAAUCGAAUGCAAAUCUGGGACUUUUUCCCCAGCCCCCCAAUCCGGGCAACAUGAGCAGCAGCAGCAGCAGCACGCUUACUGCAACGGGAACUGGAACAGUAAAUGGAACUGGAGCGCGCAGUACAAAUCCCUUUCUCAAUGCCAAAUAUUCCAAUGAGGAAGUGCAGCAACAGGAUGCAGCAGCAUCAGCAGCAGCAGCAGCCGGCAUGACCAGCUCCUCCUCCGGCACCUCCGCCCUCUCCGUCAAUCGCAGCGACAAAUCCCAACAGCUGCUAGCAGCAGCAGCAGCAACAAUAACGGGAAAAACUGCCGAACAAGAUUUGACAGAGUUUGGUGACGGCUGCAGCAGCGGCGGUGAAUCAGAGCCGCCGCCAGAGCCAGCGCCGCCCGAGAUACCGCCGCGCACCCAAUCGCUACUGAUGUCCUUGCGCAAGCACUCCGACUAUAAGCUCAAAUACGAGGAAAAGGGGGACCAAAAACAUGAGGAAUUUAUACCAACCAGCCAGCUGCAGAAGGAUUAUAUAAUCAGCGAUAAUCUUCGCACAGUGGAGCAGCAAUUGAAACCCAUUUCACCCGGCGAUACAAAUGGGUGA